UACACACCUUGCUGAGAUUUGUGGGCGUUGCAUUUCUAAGCCCCGCCCUGGGGGCGUGUCUAUUCAAAAUGGUGUGCACAAAAUCUUGACAUGAGUAAUUCUGCGCUAAGUACAUGAAUUAUUUUUCCACUCUGCACAGUAUCGGCAAUAUAUUACAUCUCGAAACCUUGCUUCGUAUCGUAUCGAGUAAACAUCCGAUCAGAGUGAUUGCUAAUUCAACCCACUCGUGGUAGGCUGGGCUUAAAUAAGCCCCGCCCAUUAUUUGGCAACCAAUGGGAAUUCGCGAGCUGAAACAGUGGGAAGAAUAGGGGGAUAGAAGAGCAACAAAAAUAAUUUUAAAAAAAUAUCCGGGACCCAAACGAUGGAGAUGCGCAAACGCAAUGACUACUAACACACUACGCUGUUAAUAUCGUUGUUCUAAAUAUCGAUAUAGUUCCUCUGCCGGUAUCACGAGAACCACGAGUAUUUACGAAUGUACACCUGGUUGAGUAUUUGUUGUUGUUUGUUAUCUAACAUAUGACUUUUAAAUCCACCUGUUAUCAAUUAAGUGGGAUAUAAUGACCCUUGUUAUUUUGUAUCGAUCAUUUAUUGCUUGUAAAGUCAAGGUCUGAUGUAAUACGUCAUUUAUCGCUCGAUCAGUCUUUAAAGUAAUUAAUUAAUUAAUUAAUUAAUCACUGCAAGUAAUUUUUAAACCUUAGUGCCGUUUAAUAAAAAUUUAAUUGAAUAAAUAAAUCUUGUUACAACAAUGUGAUGUUUAUUUUUAACGUGACAUUCUGUUUUUGCUGGUACAUAUAGCAAUUAACCGUCGUUAAGUAGCCAGUGGAACGGGCGUUGUUGUGUCAGCCAGUGUUUUUCUUCACCGUAUACAAGUAAACAGUGAUUGUGUUAAUUAACGAGCUUAGUCACAAUCAUUAUCGCCGUAAUUGUUAAUUUUUUUCAUUCAAUUCCGUUUGUCAUUAAUCAUCGACUUGAACAUGUAAUGUGAAAGAUGGAUUUUUGAUUGUGGGUGAUUGUGUGGUGCCUGUCCUGCAGACCUCGGCUAGCAGGAACAAAAAAUGUUUUUUGUAGUUUAUUUAUUAAUUUAAUUAAUUAGUUAACAUGCCAAGACCGUCGAAGGAGUCUUACAGUGGCGAGCAGAAGCCGCCGUACUCUUAUAUUUCGCUGACCGCGAUGGCUAUUUGGUCUUCUAAGGAGAAAAUGCUCCCGUUGGCGGAAAUUUAUCGGUUUAUUGCUGAUCGCUUUCCUUACUAUCGACGUGAUACAAGAAGAUGGCAAAAUUCUUUGAGGCAUAAUUUAUCUUUUAAUGAUUGUUUUAUUAAGGUACCGCGCAACCCUCACACCCCAGGAAAAGGGGCAUAUUGGGCCCUGCACCCAGCAGCAUUGUCAAUGUUCGAAAACGGAUCGUACUUACGUCGCCGGAAGAGGUUCAAGCUUCCAAAAUCGCUGAAAGAAGAGAGCCAAGUGUUGGCAGAGACAGCAGCGAGACUGGCAUCGAGCAACUCUAAUUCCUGCUCGGAGUUCCCGGUCAUAAAUCACUACCCAGGAUCGCAUCAUCAAUCUACCCAUCAUCACGACAAUCCUCACCUCUAUCAAGAUCAAAAUUUCGCAUUAACUCAACGUCAGCUAGAUUUUCUUAAUUUUACAUCGAUAACCGGUCUCUCCUCCAUAAAUCACGAUGAAGACAAACUCUCCCCCCGCAAUUCGGGCCUCGCUUCAAUGACAACCGAUCACCAGUUAUUAUCUUCCUCUUCAAACAUCGUCUCCGUUGCAAUGGAGAGCGAAAUCUCUGGAGCAACAAUUGGAACCAGGGAUCCAGAUCGAGAGAGGGUGACGAUAAAAAAACCAAAGCCUCUUGUGUGCAAACCGGCGAAAUCAUUCAAUAUUGAAAGUAUCAUCAAGACCAGUAGCCCGAGCGAGCAACGACCCUCUAGAUUGGACCUAGAAACAAUCGACCGCGAUCCAGUCCCAGAACUUCCACUUCAAAUUCAAGCCCAGAGCCAAAAUCUCCUGCCCUGGCACUCGAGCUUAUACUCAAAUUUAAACCCCCUGGGAAACUACUCCCUUAACCUGAACCAAGCCGCAGCAUUCUACGCCACAGCCCUCGCAACUGCGAAUUUAUUCGCCUUGCAUCCAGGAUACCCUUCAAAAACUUCUUUCACCGAAGGAAUGGUGAACUCUUCCUUGUACAACUUCUAUCCAGGAAUUCCAAGCCUUCUGAGACUGGAGCCUACGGCAGGUCCUCCGACACUGUUUCCUCCCAGCGCAGAAGAAGGCUCGCUAGAAAUCCGGGAGGUCAAUCCUUAUGAAGAUAAUUGUAGCAAAGAUUUAACGUGAUGUGUUAUUUAAAAUUGUUCUUUAUAAACUAGAGUCUUGUUGAUGUUAAUUGUUGAUAUUGUUGGAGAGAAAAUGUGGCAAGCGAGAAUGUAACAUACAUAUGAAUUAAUGAGUAGUAAGAUUUAUUUAAAAUAAAAAAUGUAAGUGUACUUUAUUUGGAAAAUCAGUCUGUAAUAAAAAAAAACAAACGAUCUCUGUAAAUUUA